AUGACCAUCCUCCAAGAGAUGUUUGGGGUGAUGGGUUUGUCAGGUCUCAGCGUGCUGUCUGGGACGCUGCCCCGCUUCCUGCUCCCCAAGCCACCUCAUAUCUACUCUAAGUGCCAGGCUGCUGGCAGCCCCCAGCUACAGAUUAACGUCCACGUUUCGCUCCAGAUCAUCCCCUCCUCCCAGCAGGAAGGAAAUGGCCGCAAUGCAGCUGGCUCAGGGUUUCCAAUUUCCAAACCUGAUGUGAUCGCGCAGCUGGAACGAGGGGAAGAGCCGUGGGUCCCAGACCUCCAGGGCUCUGAGAAAGAAGUGCUCCUGAGAGCUGCCUGCACAGGUGAUGGGAUGGUGAGUGAGAAUGAGGAGGAGAAACCCCAGCAGGAAGAUGCUGAGGAAGUAGAACCACACAGAACGUUACCAGGAAGAUCCAAAGGGAAUGUUUCCGGGAGUUGUGCACUCCCAGAAAAAGCAAAAGCAUGUGAGACUCAGCAGAGGCCAGAGGAAAACUUCAGUAGCCACUUAGACCUUAUUACACACGACAGAAUCAACUUGGAAGAGACACGCUAUACAUGCCAUGAGUGCAGGAAAAGUUUCAAUCGGAGCUCAGACCUUCUCAUACAUCGGAGAACCCACACUGGAGAGAAACCCUACAUGUGCUCUGAGUGCGGGAAAAGCUUCAGUCGGAGCUCUGCCCUUAUCACACAUCGGAGAAUCCAUACAGGUGAGAAACCUUAUGAAUGCUCUGAGUGUGGGAAACGCUUCAAUCAGCGCUCAAACCUUACUGUACAUCAGACAGUCCAUAUAGGUGAGAAACCUUAUGAAUGCUGUGAGUGUGGGAAAAGCUUCAUUGAUAGUUCAACCCUCAUCUCACAUCAGCGAAUCCACUCAGGAGAGAUGCCCCACACAUGCUCGGAGUGUGGGAAAAGCUUCAAUCGGAGCUCAAACCUUAUCACACAUCGUAGAAUCCACACAGGAGAGAUGCCUUACACGUGCUCUGAGUGUGGGAAAAGCUUCAAUCAGAGCUCUACUCUGAGCACACAUAGGAGAAUCCACACAGGAGAGACGCCCUACACAUGCUCUGAAUGUGGGAAAAGCUUCAAUCAGAGGUCUGCCCUGAUCACACAUCAGAGGAUCCACACAGGAGAGACACCCUACACGUGCUCUGAAUGUGGGAAAAGGUUCAAUCGGAGCUCUGCCCUUACCACACAUCAGAGAAUCCACACGGGUGAGAAACCUUAUGGAUGCUCUGAGUGUGGGAAAUGCUUCAGGCAUAGCUCAGCCCUCAUCUCACAUCAGCGGAUCCACAGAGGAGAGACACCCUACACAUGCUCUGAGUGCGGGAAGAGCUUCAAUCAGCGUUCAAACUUUAUCACACAUCGGAGAAUCCACACAGGGGAGAAACUCUACACGUGCUCUGAGUGCGGGAAAAGCUUCAAUCAGCGCUCAAACCUUAUCACACAUAGGAGAAUCCACAAGGGAGAGAAACCUUAUACAUGCUCUGAGUGUGGGAAAUGCUUCAUUCGUCGUUCAGUCCUCAUCUUACAUCAGAGAAUCCACACAGGAGAGAAGCCCUACACAUGCUCUGAGUGCGGGAAAAGCUUCAAUCACAGCUCUGCCCUGAGCAAUCAUAGGAGAAUCCACACAGGGGAGAAGCCGUACACAUGCUCUGAGUGUGGGAAAAGCUUCAGUCAGCGCUCACACCUUAUCAGACAUCAGAGAAUCCACACAGGGGAGACACCCUUCACAUGCUCUGAGUGCGGGAAAAGCUUCAAUCAGAGCUCAAACCUUAUCGCACAUAGGAGAAUCCACACGGGAGAGAAACCUUAUACAUGCUCUGAGUGCGGGAAAAGCUUCAGUGAUAACUCAAGCCUUAUUAGACAUCAGAAAUUCCACAUGGGGGAGAGACUCUACGAAUGCUGUGAGUGCGGGAAAAGCUUCACUCGGCGCUCGCACCUUAUUACGCAUCAGAGAAUCCACACAGGUGAGAAACCCUAUGAAUGCUGCGAGUGUGGGAAAACCUUCAUUCAGAGCUCAGACCUUACUACGCAUCAGAGACUCCACACAGGGGAGAGACCCUAUGAAUGCGGUGAGUGUGGGAAAAGCUUCACUCGGAGCUCACACCUUAUUACGCAUCAGAGAAUCCACACAGGCGAGAGACCCUAUGAGUGCUGUGAGUGCGGGAAAAGCUUCACACACAGCUCAAGCCUUACUAGACAUAAGAGAAUCCACACAGGAGAGAAACCCUAUGAGUGCUGUGAGUGCGGGAAAACUUUCACUCAGAGCUCAGACCUUACUACACAUCAGAGAAUCCACACGGGGGCGAGACCCUAUGUAUGCUGUGAGUGUGGGAAAAGCUUCACUCGGUGCUCACACCUUAUUACGCAUCAGAAAAUCCACAAAGGUGAGCAACCCUAUGACUGCCAUGAGUGUGGGAAAAGCUUCAAAGUGAGCUCAGACCUUUUCACACAUCAGAGAAUCCACAGAGAAGAGAGACUUUACACGUGCUCUGAGUGCGGGAAAAGCUUCAGUCAAAGCUCAGCCCUCAUCACACAUUGGAGAAUCCACACGGGAGAGACGCCCUACACCUGCUCGGAGUGCGGGAAAAGCUUCAAUCAGAGCUCACACCUUAUCACACACAGGAGAAUUCACACGGGAGAGACGCCCUACGGAUGUUCGGAGUGCGGGAAAAGCUUCAGUCAGAGCUCUGCCCUGAUCACACAUCAGAGAAUCCACACAGGAGAGACGCCCUACACAUGCUCCGAGUGCGGGAAAAGCUUCAAUCGUAGCUCAGCCCUUAUUAGACAUCGGAGAAUCCAUACGGGAGAGAUGCCCUAUACAUGCUCUGAGUGCGGGAAAAGCUUUGGUCAUAGCUCUGCCCUGAUCACACAUCAGAGAACCCACACUGGAGAGACGCCCUAUGCGUGCUCUGAGUGUGGGAAAAGCUUCAGUCAGAGUGCAAACCUUAUUAGGCAUCGGCGAAUCCACACGGGAGAGACGCCCUACACAUGCCCAGAGUGUGGGAAACGCUUCAAUCAGCGCUCAGCCCUUACCACACAUCAGAGAAUCCACACGGGAGAGACGCCCUACACGUGUCCUGAGUGCGGGAAAUGCUUCAGUUAUAGCUCAGCCCUCAUCACACACCAGAGAAUCCACACGGGCGAGAUGCCCUACACGUGCCCUGAGUGCGGGAAAAGCUUCAAUCGGAGUUCAAACCUUAUCACGCAUCAGAGAAUCCACACUGACGUGUCAUCCUACAGAUGCUCUGAGUGCGGGAAAAGCUUCAGCCAUAGCUCAGCCCUUAUUAGACACCGGAGAAUCCACACGGGAGAGACACCCUACACGUGCUCUGAGUGCGGGAAAAGCUUCAAUCAGAGCUCAAACCUUAUCACACAUUGGCGAAUCCACACUGGAGAGACGCCCUACACAUGCUCUGAGUGCGGCAAAAGCUUCAGUCACAGCUCUGCCCUUAUCACACAUCAGAGAAUCCACACAGGAGAGACGCCCUACACAUGCUCUGAGUGCGGGAAAAGCUUCAGUCAGGGCUCAGCGCUUACUAGACAUCAGAAAAGCCACAUGACACAGUACUAUAAUAAAUCCCUUGACUAG